UCCUUUUCUACCGUAAGACUCUGCUUGCAGUUUCAGUAAGAUGACGGCCAAAGAGGGCUUCUGUGUGACGGUCCACGUAACUCUGUCCAAUAUAAGGAGUUCUGGGUACAGUGUUUGGUUGAAGGACGCCAUGUGGAAUGCCACAGCAAAUGAUUUUGAGGCCGCGAGUGAAUUUGAAAACAGAGUGUCUGUGGCUUCCACUGGGUCCCCUGGGGAUUUAUACAAAUUGACCAUCAGUAACCUGAGACUUGAUGACAGAGGAAAUUACUUGGUUAGAUACUAUGGUAAAGCUGAUCCUUCUUAUAAACUGAGCAGCUCGACAAUGAGUCUAAAUGUUCAGGAGAACCCUUGCCAAGUCAGCGUAACAGGGCCGGAGCUGGUCCAGACGGGGGCGGAGGUGAUUUUGCGGUGCUCCACCAUGGGGCCCUGCGAGUACAGCCCCGAGUGGCGUAGCUCAGGGUCAGGCCCGGCCUCCAGUGAAGGACCAGGCACCCAGGGUGUGAAAACAGCCCAGCUGAGCUUUGAAGCGGACUGGUCACAUGAUGGAGUGACGUUCUCCUGUUGGCCGUCGCCGAGCAACGACACGUGCGCCUCCAGAAACUUCACGCUGGCCGUGGGAGAUUCGCCCAAAGACACUGAGGCGAAAGUUGCUGGUUAUGACAUCAUAAAGGAAGGACAGGCAGUCACCUUCUCCUGCCACAGUAAAGGAAACCCCCAGCCCACAUUGUACUGGUUUAAACUGGGCCAAGGUGAAAUUGCCCAGGGAGGAGAGUGGAAAUUACCCAAUGUCAAAAUAGAAGAUGCCGGGAGUUACUUCUGCCAGGCUAAAAACAAACUUGGCACUGAAAACUCAACAAAGGUUAUGCUUGAUGUCAAAUAUCCUCCUAAGAACACCUCAGUGUCAGUCAGUCCCUCUGGAUCAGUGUUUGCGGGCAGCUCUGUGACUCUGGCCUGCAGCAGUAAAGCCAACCCAGCAGUGCAGAACUACACCUGGUAUAAAGUGAAUGGGACAGAGAUAAACACUGUAGGAACUGGACAGAAUCUCACCUUCAAUGUGACUGAGUCCAGUGGCAGUGAACAGUACUACUGUGAAGCACAGAAUGAACAUGGCAAGGACAACUCAACAACUGUACAGCUGAAUGUGACAUACAUGCCUCAGAUCUCUGGCUCUGGGAACUGCAGCAGAACUGCAACAGAGAUCAGCUGCUCCUGUGAGAGCCGUGGGAAUCCCUCUCCCAGCAUGGAGUGGCGUGUGUCUGGACUGCGGGUCACUAACUCUACUGACAGAGUCAUCAGGGAGGAGCAGCUGGGGAACACAGGCCUGAGGAGUUCCCUCACCAUGCGCCAAUCACAAUGUCAAUGAACACACAAAUAGAAAGGCUUCAGAAAAACAUAUAUACAGCUUAUUUUUUUUGCCAUUGCAGGUUUUUAAAACAAAAAAAACACAAAGAAAAGUAGAAUUACAGUACGGUAAUCAAUAAAAUAU